AAAGAAACGGCAGCGCUGCACGGAGAUGGCUACCAACAGCAUGGGAAGUGUGUGCAACACACCGCGCGACCACACGAGGGCUGCGCGCUACAGCUCGCAUAGCUUGAUAUCUAUAGAACCGUCGGCGGUGUAUCCUCCCGUUGAAGGCGAAACGUCAUCGAGCGAGAAUGCAAUCAAAGCAGCCAUGUAUGGAUUCAUCAACGCGAUCUUUUUGAUUCCCGUGACCAUGAGCUUCACAGCCAUUAUUUUCAGCGACCCGUUCUUUCAACCAUACAUGCCAGCAUUGGUGAAGCUCGUCGGGUUUUCCUGCGCCGUGCAUCAAACGACAUUCACACUCAAGAGUUCCCUUCCGUUUGCAAUCGGUCAAGUUCAAGACGCAGGCUUGAUCUUUUUGUCCGCUAUUUCGUCGUCCAUCGUCACGAUGCUCAGCGCUGACAAGGAUCUGCCUCCAAGUGCUGUAAUCGCGACGACUCUUGUCACGCUCAGCUCUGCCACGAUGCUCAUGGGCCUUGCCCUGAUCUUGACUGGACACUAUAAACUCGCCAGCUUGGUGCAGUACUUGCCCAUGCCUGUGAUAGGAGGCUACUUGUCAUUCAUCGGGUUUUUCUGCUUGGAAGCGGGGAUGGGAUUGAUGGCCGGGGUCGAGAUCAAGAACAUCAUGGACUGGUGGAAGCUGAGCAAUACGGCCGCGCUUGUUCACAUCCUUCCCGGCAUCCUCUGCGGCCUUGUGCUUUUUGUCAUGUCGUCGAAAGUGCAGCACUUUUUAGUCUUGCCCUGCUGUUUGACGUUUAUUUUGCUGUCGUUCUAUGCCUUCUUGGUCGUGUCGGGGCUGACCUUUGACGACGUCCGCCACGCUGGGUGGGUGAGCUACGCCCCGGCAGCAGUGUCGUCACCGUUGGACGUAUUUGACCUGUUUGAUUUUUCCCUUGUGCAAUGGCGCGUGAUCCCCAAGCAAAUCGUCACUUGGCUCGGCAUGUACUUUGUCGUUGCGUUCUCGUCGAGUCUCGACGUCGCCGCCAUUGAAAUGAAUAUGGGGACCGAGCUCGACUACAACCAUGAACUCAAGACUGUCGGAUGGUCGAAUGCUGUGUCGGGACUCUGUGGCGGGUUCACGGGGUCGUACAUUUUUUCCCAAACCAUUUUCACGCUCAAGUCCAACACCAACAGCCGCAUCCCCGGCAUUGUCGUGCUCGUGUCCGAGUUGAUCAUCUUCGUGUUGCCGUUGGCCGUCACCGCGUACAUUCCAAAGUUCUUCUUUGGGGCAUUGCUGUCCUUGAUUGCGAUUGACCUGAUGAUGGAGUGGCUCAUUCACGCGUUUUGGAAGCUCCGAUUCCGCGAAUACCUCAUUGUCGUGUCGACGUUUGUCUUGAUCAACGUCUUGGGGCUCGAAUCGGGGAUGCUCGGCGGCCUCGUGUGUGCCAUGACCAAUUUUGUGUUCACGUAUUCUGAAGGGGUGUCCGUCCUCAAGAUGUUCAGCCGCAGCCGCGUCCAGCGCAACUAUCAAGACCGCCAGUACUUGACCAAGCACCAAUGUCAAAUCGUGGCGCUAGAGUUGCACGGGUACUUUUUUUUUGGGUCGAGCAUCCGUUUGGUGGAGCAUAUCAAGAACAACAUAUACGUGGACGCGUCCAAGUCGAACCGAUCGAUCGCGAAGGAAUCGACUCCGCUGUUGGUGGGCGGCGUCGAGUCGUCGUUUGCCGAGGAGGACCCGACUCGGUUCAUUUGCACGCUCAAGGACCUCGACGACCUGCACGGUUCGUCGCUUGGUCAGCGCAAGACGAUGCUCGAGCCGGAAACGCGCCCGACGCAGUUUCUGCUCCUGGACUUUCAACACGUGACGGGCAUUGACGCGACUGCAUCUCGCAGCUGCUUCCAAGCAAUCAAGACGAUCUUGGCCCGGCACAGCAUCACCCUCAUGUUCUCGCGCAUGUCGGCCGAUUUGGAGCGCCAACUCGAAAAGAACCAAGUGCUCAACGACGCCGACGCCGACAGCAUCAUGAUCUUCAAGUCGGUGGAUGCCGGUCUCGAAUUUUGUGAAAACAUGUUGCUGAACGAACGCCCGCCACCGACGCCGUCCACUGCCCUCCAGGCAAAGGAUUUGUUUCCCAAGGCCAAGAGGACGACAAUUAUGAACGUGUCGACCCUCACCAGCGUGCUCUCGACCGCGCUCGAGUCGUGGUCGACCGACGGCGUCAAUCUGCUCGUCGAACCGACGCACAACAUGGAAAAGUAUUUUACGAAAAAGGUGCUGGCGGCCGGCGAGCGUGUGUUUUCCCAAAGCGAUACCACGAGCAGCUUGUUUGUGGUCGGGUCAGGCGAGCUCGAGGUGUACAAGGAAACAACGCACUCGUCGGCACCGAACCGAAUUAUCAAGGUCAGCGAAGGCUCCCUCGUCGGCGACGUGGAUUUUUACCUCGAGCAAGAGCGAUCGUUCACGUGCCAAGCCACGUCCCCAUCGGUCGUGUAUGAGCUGACGCGCGAGUCGUUGGACCGCAUGGUCAAGAGCGACCCACAGCUGUGUACUGCGAUCCAAACCGUGUUCCUCAAGUGCAUGAGUCUGGGCGUGCACAACCAUUUAUUAGUCAACCACAACCCGCUCUCCGACAAGUAGGCAGGCUGCCUACACUGGCCCAGCACACACGACACGAAAUGUAAUGCCAGCUUGGUUCAAUUCUGAAAUGAGUGGAGUAUUGGCAAAUGCCGACGCUGUCGUGAGCACGCCGCGGUCCACGACAUGGCCGUCCAGGAUGACUUUGGCACAGCGCGUGACCAUUCGAGACGUCGCAACGUAGCCUGGCUCUGGGCCGUGGACACUGGUGACGACCUGCCAGUCGGGACGCCCCCCACUCGUCGCAAGGGUUUUGUACCCCUUGCCAAAAAAACGCACGUCAAACGUUGUUGUCGAGAGUUCCUCGUCGGUCGGGCCUUCAUGGCUGAAAUAUCCAAAUGUAAACACGUGCGGGUAUUGAAUCAACAGCGACCGUCC